CCCGAUAAAUACGUCAUCAACGAUGGGCAAAUCAAAUUCUUUGGGUACUCAUUUUCAAGACUUGAGCCAAUACGAACAUUCUACCAACCAACCGAUCACUUUGCAGUCGACAUUUGUAACUAAUUUCUCUGGUGUACUGGUAAAUCCUGAAAAUAGGAUACAGGUCGGACAAAAUUAAUAAAAACGUAAUAAGUAAAAUAAUAAUAUCAACAAAGAAACUGCUAUGGUCAAAACAUUAGAUAACUGAUUGUGGAAAACUACCUGUCUGCCUCCAUAUUGCUAGCUACUAGCUGUAUUAGCUAAAUUGUAGUUUUCAAUUCGGGACAGAAUUUAGCUAUCGUAGAUUUAUUUUAACUAGAGUUUAGAUACCUCGCGAACCUGAUUAAUCCCUGGAAUUUCCUGAGAGAUUUCCGUUACUGCACAGGCGUGUUGCAACAGAUGAUACCUCCAUAGCGAUAUUAAGGAAGAAAUGGCACCGCAGCCAACGGGGAGAGACGUUUUAUGCAGGAAAAGGAAGGUAAAGCGAGAAUGGAACUCCAGCUGGAAUACCAGACUGAAAGAGAUUGUUGGCUUCCUGCCUAUCUCUCUGCCAGCCAAUGGACAUGUGCUCACUAAGAAGGAGACCCUGGUCCACAUGCUGCAGUAUCUGGACUUCCUCCAGAGCCACAUCCAGAGCCUGCAUAGAAGGCUGCCUCCUCACUGCCUCCCACAGAUUCAAGAGAGAGGGACUGGUGGGUAUCUGGGUGUACGUACUCCAGGGGAUCUCUGCUCUGACUUUUGGGAUUGGACAGCCAGUGAUGACAGUGGCAGUGGGAUGCUGGACUCCUCCCCAAGGUCAUCAUGGUCGCUGUUGCUAAGAGACCACCUGCUGGACUCACCUGUUGGCCUGGGCUCACCACCGAGAUAUGGCUCUCUGCCCCUUCAGGCUGUUUGUGAUACUGAAGAAGGCCUGAACCUCAGCCCCUCCCUUCUCUCCUCCCCCGCCCAUGGACUCACACAUCUUCUGCCCCAGGGCCAGGAGCUGCAGGCACUGUUUGAAGAUGUUUGGGUUACCCCCAAAUCCAGCUCCCCCAAAGUUCCCAGCCUGCCGUGCAUUUCCUCAGCAGAAAAGUUGUACCUGUCAUAUCCUCAGGUGUCAGAGUUGGACGAUGCUCUGAGAAACAGGGGCGGGCGAGUCUCUUCCCUGAGUGAGGGGGAGAACUGCAAGGGGAGCGACAUCACUUGGACCCCCACCCAGGGGGCCUCACCCAGGAGGGGAAGCCACAUCCACCAGUGCAAAAAGGCCCUGCGGUCUCGCUCCAACCUGAAGAAGAAAUGUGUGAAUGGCUUCAUCAUGUUCUGCCGUAUCAACCGCAAGAUGUACUUAAGCGUCCCAAAAUCGGAGGACACGAGUGGAUGGCACAGACCUGUACUGCUGAAGACUCACCCUGGAACCCCCUCCACUUUGUGUGAAGGCUCGGCGUUUCAGUCGGCAGCAGAACAGGAAUGUGCGGAACCUGGGGACAGAGGGAGAAGGGGAGGGAGAGGAAGGUGCGGCCAGCCCCCUGCACAUGCUGCUGGCGCACAGGGACCUGUUUGCAGCCACCAGGGGGCGCCCUUGUCCCAAAAAUACACGCACAUCACAUGCACACUGCACACAUGCUACAUGCUAACUCGCAGAGCUUUCUGCAAAAUGUACCAAUAUUUCUACAUCCAGGGGACAAUGCAAAAGUGCCUGUGUUCAUUAAAUUAUUGGACACUUGGUCAGACUUGAGUCAGAUACAUAUUUCAAAUACUAUUUAACUAAUUUACAAUGACAGAUUAUUAUAUAAAAGUUCUUAUUAGAUGCAGGUAAAAUAUGCAGACAAUUUGCAGUUUUCAGUGAAACCGUUUUAAAAUAGUAACUACUCAACAUGUACAAUGAAUGAAAGAAAAAAGUUUGAUUGUUGGAAAAAUUGUUUCUUUCAAAAUAAAUUUUAAUGGUGUAAAAUA